AUGCUUCUGAGCCCCGUCACCUCCACCCCCUUCUCGGUCAGUGACAUACUGGGACCCGAGCGCGAACCGUUUGGCGCCGAGGCCUGGCCACUCCGGGGCGCGCGAGGAAACCUGGAGAGUUCCCAGUAUCUGUCCCUGAACCCCGGUCUGGCGGAGUCGGAGGCUCAGAGCGCGGGUCACAGUGGCCACGAUGGCCACGGGAGCCAGGACGACGCGGAGCCCUCCGGAGGUCCCUGUGAGACAGUCCCCGACACGGACGAGGAGCGGAAAGGGGACUCCGCGUGUAGAAAGAAGCCCGAAGCAGGUUCCGCUCGCAGAGUGCUGAGAGCAGCCCGCAGCGGCGGUGGCGCUAACCUGGGCGCUUGUGAGGAGCUCGCCACUGACUUAGCAGAAAAGGGUCCCUCUCCGACGACGGCGGCGAUUCCUCGUCGAGGCUUAGCCGGGGUGGCGUCUCGAUUGUGCAGCGAGGGUAGUCCCAAUCAGCUUCCAAAACGGCUCUCUGUACCUGUCAGCUCGCUGGAGCCCGGCCUGGGAGCGGCCCCGGCCCUCGGUGGCGGAACCCCGGUGCCAACCGGCUGCGCUGGCGACGGCGGUGACGGCCCCCAGCGGCCCCCCGCGCGGCCGCGGCGGAAGCCCCGCGUGCUCUUCUCGCAGGCGCAGGUGCUGGCGCUGGAGCGGCGCUUCAAGCAGCAGCGCUACCUGUCGGCGCCCGAGCGCGAGCACCUGGCCAGCGCGCUGCAGCUCACGUCCACGCAGGUCAAGAUCUGGUUCCAGAACCGGCGCUACAAGUGCAAGCGCCAGCGCCAGGACAAGUCGCUGGAACUGGCGGGCCACCCGCUAGCGCCUCGCCGGGUGGCGGUGCCGGUGCUGGUGCGGGACGGCAGGCCCUGCCUGGGCACGGGCGCCGCGGCCUUCCCGGGUCCCUACGGGCCGCCGCCCGCGCCCUUCCCCUGCUACGGCGGCGGCUACGCGGCUGCUCCCUGCGGCGCGGGCUACGGUGGCUACGCCGGGGCGCCCCCCGGCUCGGCGCCGCCCGCGCCCCUGGCCGCCCUGGGUUUCCCGGGAGACGGCGCGAACGCCGGCCCCCAGGGCCAUCUGCCAGCCACGCUGCAGGGGGUCAGGGCCUGGUAA